AUGAUUCGUAAAGACAGAUUGGAUCGUGGAGGAGGUGGUGUCGCUAUCAUUUGCAGAGGAGAUUGGAAAAUUGGACGGCUGGAGGGUCCUCUUUCCAGUGUUUUUGAAUGUUUAUGGCUAAGAGUUUCGACUCCUAAUUCCGUCUAUUAUGCAUGUGUUGUUUACCAUCCUGAUGAGUCCUUGUAUGAUCAAGAGGAACUGUUGGAUUUUCUGACGGCUUCUUGCGAACAUUUAAUGGCUGUGAAUCCGAAUUGUACAAUCAUUAUUGCUGGGGAUGUUAAUCAGCUAAAAUACAAGGAUUUACUUGUACGUGCUUCGCUGUCUCAGAUGGUUAAAAAGCCGACCAGAGGAGUAAAUAUCCUGGAUGUUUUUAUGACCAAUACUCCUUAUCUGUGGGACGAGGUCAGGGUCUUUAAAAGUGCUAUUAGGUCGGACCACAACAUGGUUAUUGUACGUCCACGAAUAUCUGCUAAGGCUAAACGUAGCAGCAUACAGUUUAGAGAUGUUAGAGAACAUAGAAAAAUUCAAAUGGCUCAAUGGCUCGUCUGUUUGAGAGUCAUGAUUGGCGGGAGGUUUUUUUCUGUCACUGAUUGUGAAUUGAAGUGCGAUGGGCUAUCUAACACCCUUUGGACCAUGUUUAAUGAGUGUUUCCCGCUGAUUUCUGUUCGUAUAUCCUCAAGAGAUCCUCCUUUCAUUUCACCAUUGGUUAAACAUCUUUUGAAAUUUAGGAAUAGGUUGCUAAGGAGAUCUAAACGGCUUCCUGUUGGCCUUGAGGACAGAAUCAACCAUCUUAUUAGGGAAAAUCAACGACAUGCUGUCAUGCAGGAUUCUUGUAUGUCUGGUAGGGGCUCGCGUGCCUGGUGGUCUACUGUCAAUACCAUCACUGGAAGAGAUACUGAGCCCCAGUUGAUUAGCUCAGUUAUUCACCCAGACAUCAUCAAUAAAUACUUUUGUAGCAUAUCCUCUGACCCUGAAUAUAUAGCCCCUGCACCGAUUGAUAUCCCUAAUGGUGCAAGAAUACCUAAAAUACCUCUUCAGGUUGUUACGAGUUUUCUCUCUAGGCUUAAGAGGACUGCUAAUGGCCCGGAUGAGCUCCCAUACUGGCUUUUUAGAGAUUUCGCCUAUGAUCUUGCCCCUGCUAUUACUGAUGUGUUUAACAGCUCGCUGCGACAACAUAAAGUACCAUCCUCUUGGAAGAUGGCAGACAUCAAGCCUUUACUAAAGGAAUCUCCAUUAACUUGCUGUACCCAGCUUCAGCCAAUUUCUUUAACUGCUGUUAUCAUGAGACUCUUUGAACGAUUGGUCUAUAGGUUUGAGCUUUCCAAUAUUUGUAACGACUAUAUUGAUUUUGAUCAGUUUGCCCAUCGUGGUGGCCAUAAUUCUACAAUGGCUUUAAUCAAAUGCCAACAUACAUGGUCCAAGUGGCUCAAUGGUAAUGCUGAUUUUGUUAGAAUUUUUUCCUUUGACUUUAGUAAAGCGUUCGACUCUGUAUCACAUAAUAUUCUUUGUAGUAAAUUGAAGCAAGUUGAUAUUAAUCCAUAUAUUAUUAAUUGGCUUAUUAGUUUUUUAGAUCAUAGGAAGCAGAGGGUUGUUGUCGAUGGCUACAGUACUGAAUAUGUUUCUAUAAAUAGGGGCGUUCCCCAAGGUACAGUCCUGGGGCCGGUCCUAUUUUCUACUUUUAUAAACGAUAUUAAAGCUGUUAACACUGAUAAGAAUCUUCUAGUUAAAUUUGCUGAUGACAUAACUGUUAGUUUGCCGAUUGAGGCAAAUGUAGGCUUGGAUGAAUUUCAAACGGCGGUCUUAUCCUUUAUUGAAUGGUCUGAGAAGAACCGCAUGAAAGUCAAUCUGACGAAAACAUGGGAACUUCUUUUACGAGGUAGAACUACCAAGACGCCUCCUGAACCACUUGAGAUUAUAGGGAGGAAAGAUAAGCUGAAAUUAUUGGGUGUUACCUUUGAGCAAGUGCCAAGAUAUGAAAUUAUGGCGAAGGAUCUCUUCCACGAACACUGCCUUGAGGGAUCUCUUACCUCCCCAGAGGACACGGCAGUUGAGAAAAAGCCUAGCAACCAGCCGCUAUACAUCAAUGCAAAGUCAAACCACCCUCCCAGCAUAAUCAAACAACUACCUGACUCCAUCAGGCGUAAAAUAUCUGAUAACUCCUGCAACGAAGACGAAUUCAACAAGGCUAUGACAGAAUACGAAACUGCCCUCAAAUCCAGCGAACAUACAAAAACUCUAACCUACAACAAGCACAGACAAACCACUCGACCCAGAAGAACGACGAAGAAACAUUAUCUGGUACAACCCUCCUUUUAG